GGGACCACACACAGUUGAGCACUCACAGCGCAACCGAACAGUUGACAAGUGAGACUCAAAAAGCUAGAACGCGAAGCCAGGAAGCAAUCGUAAUCGUAAAGGAACGACAACAGCUGAAGGAUGUCUGUGGAAACGGUGCAGGAGACGCUGCAACAGGCGGCGGCAAAGAGCGGCGGCUUCUCGCCCAUAUUGACGGGACUGCUGGGCACGAUCAUCGUGAUGGCGCUCUAUGAGUAUUGGCAUCGGAAUACCAAGGAAUAUCGCAUGGUCGCCAACAUACCGUCGCCGCCGUCGCUACCGCUGAUCGGCAUGGCCCACUUGGCCGCCGGCUUGAGCAAUGCGGAGAUCCUUUCCGUUGGCCUCGGCUAUCUGAACAAAUACGGCGAGACGAUGAAGGUUUGGCUGGGCAACGUGCUGCUCGUCUUCCUCACCAAUCCCCACGACAUCGAGUUGAUAUUGAGCGGACACCAGCACCUGACCAAGGCCGAGGAAUAUAGAUACUUCAAGCCCUGGUUCGGCGAUGGUCUCCUGAUUAGCAACGGCCACCAUUGGCGUCAUCAUCGCAAGAUGAUCGCGCCCACCUUCCACCAGAGCAUCUUGAAGAGCUUCGUGCCCACCUUUGUCGAGCACUCGAAGGCCGUGUCCGCCCGCAUGGCCAAGGAGGCGGGCAAGUCGUUCGACGUGCACGACUACAUGUCGCAGACAACCGUCGACAUCCUGCUGGCGACAGCGAUGGGCGUCAAGAAGAUGCCCGAGGGCAACAAGAGUUUCGAGUAUGCCCAGGCCGUGGUCGACAUGUGCGACAUCAUCCAUACGCGUCAGGUGAAGCUGCUCUAUCGCCUGGACUCCAUCUACAAGUUUACGAAGCUGCGCGAGAAGGGCGAUCGCAUGAUGGACAUCAUUCUGGGCAUGACCCGCAAGGUGGUCAAGGAUCGCAACGAGAACUAUCAGCCGGAGUCGCAGGCCAUCAUCGAGGAUAUUUCCGAGCCGACACCCGCCAAGCAGGCGGCCGCCAACAGCAAGACGGAGGGACUGCGCGACGAUCUCGACGACAUCGAUGAGAACGAUGUGGGCGCCAAGCGCCGGCUGGCGUUGCUUGAUGCGAUGGUCGAGAUGGCCAAGAAUCCGGACGUCGAAUGGAACGAGAAGGACAUUAUGGAUGAGGUGAAUACGAUAAUGUUCGAGGGGCACGACACGACGUCGGCCGGCUCCAGCUUUACGCUCUGCAUGCUGGGCAUACACAAGGACAUCCAGGAGCGCGUCUUUGCCGAACAGAAGGCCAUCUUCGGCGACAAUAUGCUGAGGGACUGCACUUUCGCCGACACCAUGGAGAUGAAGUAUCUGGAGCGCGUCAUACUGGAGACGCUGCGCAUGUAUCCACCAGUUCCAUUGAUCGCCAGGCGCCUGGAUCACGAUGUCAAGCUCGUGAGCGGACCAUACACGGUGCCCAAGGGCACCACCGUCGUCCUGUUGCAAUACUGUGUGCAUCGUCGUCCCGACAUCUAUCCCAAUCCCACCAAGUUCGAUCCCGACAACUUCCUGCCGGAGCGCGCCGCCAACAGGCACUACUACAGCUUCAUUCCGUUCAGCGCCGGACCGCGCAGCUGCGUGGGCCGCAAAUACGCCAUGUUGAAGCUGAAGGUCCUGCUCUCGACCAUCUUGCGCAACUUCGUCGUGCACUCGACCGACACGGAGGCCGACUUCAAGCUCCAGGGCGACAUCAUCUUGAAGCUGGAGAACGGCUUCAACAUCUCGCUCGAGCCACGCGUGUAUCCGACAGCGGCGUAGACGCGAAA